AUGGAUCACUCCCGAGACCCAUGUCCCUGGGUCGCGCUAUCUGAUUUCGGGGGAGCAUUUUGUAUGGGAGCUAUUGGGGGCGCCGUCUGGCACGGCGUUAAGGGAUUCAGGAAUAGCCCCUACGGUGAACGUCGAAUAGGAGCUAUCACUGCUAUAAAAGCUCGAGCCCCAGUUCUAGGCGGAAAUUUCGGUGUGUGGGGUGGACUAUUUUCGACAUUUGAUUGCGCGGUGAAAGGGAUUAGGAAGAAAGAAGACCCGUACAAUGCCAUUAUUGCUGGCUUCUUCACUGGUGGCGCGUUAGCGAUACGAGGUGGAUACAAAGCAGCUCGGAAUUCAGCCAUUAUGUGUGCCGUUUUUCUGGCCGUUAUUGAAGGUGUUGGUAUUGGCUUUCAAAGAAUGAUGGCGGAUAAUACAAGACUGGAUCUUCCCCCACCGCCUCCAUCAGAUAAGGCAAUUGUAUGA